UGUGGGCCGCGGCCUGCGUAGCGUGGCCGAGUCGAAGCCCGACCAGUCCGCGCUAGACCCACGCCUCGACGCGACGCUCGAGCCGGCAAGGACCAGGACACCCCGAGCAGCAGUCGUCGUCGCCCUCCAGGUCGCCGAGGAGCAUCCGGCAGUGCACGCGUGUCCACUUCAACAACGAGAAUGCAGGUCUUAGCUGUCGUGAUCGGCGCGGUGGCGAUGCUCGCCCUCCUGCCAACGGGCGGUGCCAUCACCUGCUACCAGUGCAAAUCCUGGGAGGACCCCAGCUGCUGGGACAUCAAGCAGAACCAGACCGACAACAAGUACGCCAAGUUCUGCGACACCGACGACAUGCCCAACGGCGCGCAGCCCUUCUGCAGGACGAUCCGCCAAAAGAUCAGGGACGGCAACGGCACGGAGCGAAUGUGGCGCAAGUGUGGCUGGGAGGAGUACAAGAACAAGAAUGGCGAGCGCAACCCCAAGCCCUGCUACUACUUCAGCGACGGCCACCACGAGGAGUCCGUCUGCCAGUGCUUCUUCGACUACUGCAACGCGGCCACCGCACGGACAGCGUCUCCCAUCGCCGUCCUCGCCGCCGUGGCAGCGGCCUCCUUCGCCGCGCUCAGGAUCGCGUCGUGAUAGCCGCCGGUCACCGUCUGUGUUCGGAAGCCCCAUAUAAGACGUUCUCCGCGCACCUCUCGCCCCCUCCGCGAGUUGGUGCAGCGACAGUAUCAAAGACUCCCUUGCGUGUUUCUCCCGACAGUGUGUAGAUGAGCCGCGUCCUGGUUUGGGCGAGCCCGCACCCGCACGGGUGCGAGAGAGACUACUCGCGACUGUGAUAAGGAACGUGACGGCAUUAGAGAUGGGGGACUUUUUGGCAGGUCGAGCCGCGGUUAUCGUGGCCUCGGCGGAGACGUCCGCGCUCGUCGUCCUCCUCCUCCUCCGCCGCCGCACCGCUCGCCUCGGGCGCCUCGAACGCAGCCCUCGCGGGCGCCUCUCCCGGGCCAACCCAUCGAGGAGGAGACGAAAGCCGCGGUAAAGGCAAAACUUAUCGCGUCCAUUGUCACGUCGGCCAGACCAGCGCAGCGACGGCGGCGGAUGGUUGGCAACAUCGCCUCGGCCGAGUGUGUCGACCGCGCCUCGCGGAGUGGACGGCAGGAGCGCCAGGAAGAGCGAUGCAGGCGUGUUGCAGGCGUGUUUGUUAUGCAUCUCCAUCGGUGGGAGAUUCCCACUGUACACUCCACUUAAUGCGCGCUCAAGCCAACUCCAGCUCCAGUCUGUGGCCGACUCUAACACACGAAUAGUACACACCGACACAGACGUGACAAACUGCAAAUCAUCUCGCACAAAAAAAAGACCUGUUAAUUCUCAUCACUCUGUGGCUACACAUUCAUGCCCCAGGAGCUGUGUGCAACGUUGAAAGCACUUUUGGGAGCAGAAUGUGUUUGUCCUUGAUCAUUACGGUUCUGCUUUUGUCAUUGUGGUGUGACAUAAUACUUUUUAUACGGUCGGCCUUGAGGCACUCACCGCUCAAGCUCAUGUUCAUAUCUAGUCCAAGGACGCAUUUACCUGCUCUUGUAUUGUUAAUAAAAAUAAAGCAUUGGGUUCACUGCGUCCUUAUGUUCCAGUUAUUUUUAGGUUUCAGUUUAUAAAGCUUGUUUCGCAACGCUCCUUAGUAUUUUGUAAAAAUCUAAAAUAGAUGUUUUUCAUUAAAAAAAAUAUUGUAAAAUCA